ACCGCCGCCGCCAAAAUAGCAUCAGACUUUGUUGUCUAGGCACAACUUGAAUUUUUGAGAAUUUGUUUAAUUACUUUGUUUUGUGUUUUUUAGAUAAAAUUUUAGAAAUUAUUUUUUUUUUAGAAAAUGACUUCAGCUCCAGGUCAACAAAGCACUGGAGCUGGUACCCCAAGAUGUCCACCACCAGCCGGCUUGAAAGCACUUAUAGAUAAAUUACUGGAGCAUUACCCUGAUCAGCCGAACCCGCUGCAAGUAACCACAGUCCUUAAAUACUGGUUAGGAGGACAAGAUCCACUGGACUACAUCAGUAUGUUCAGCAAUCGUGGAGACGUUGCAAAGAAAGUCCCUCCUCACUGGUUUUAUGUCAGCUUUGGAUUGAGCGAUUUACAUGGCGACGGUCGGGUUCAUGUACUAGACAGUGAGGAUAGUGAGACACAAUCACGAUCCGGAAUGGGUUUCGAAUUGACAUUUCGCCUACUGAAAACAAGUGAAGAGCUUAAAGAGGAAGAAGAGAAUCCCGGAAAGAGAAUUCGACCUCCAACCUGGCCCGCAAAUCUCAUGCAGAAUUUGGCUCGUUAUUGUUUCCGGACAGGGAAUCGUUUGUGUUUCGGAGAUAACAUACCAUGGCGCAAGGGUUUAGACGAUAGAUUCGAUACACCGCUGCAGAAUAUUUUAAUUGCUGAGGAUCCACAGCUCAAGUCAAUGAUUACGCCUUUCGGCAGUGUAGAUUUUUGUCAAAUUGUUGGAGUAACAUAUGAGGAGUUGGAACAAGCUGCCCGAUGGAACGGCCGUGGUGUUCUAAAUUAUCUAAAGCAAGAUAUUCAGACUGGUGGAGAAUGGUGGGUUACUAACAUAGACCGAACUCUAAGUGUAUUUGACAUUUUUCCUGAGCGUUUGGUGGCUCUUGAGGAAGAGUUAGAACGAGAUGGCUCCGAUUUAGCUGGCGUUAAUGCAGAAUUUACAUUCCGAGAGAUACCCAGACCACGAAUACGCAAUACACAACCUAAUACAGGUGAAACGGAAGAUGGACAGGAAUUGAACACAUUGAUGGACUCGAUGACGCUCAAGGAAGAAAUAAAAUGUAAACAAGAAGAUGUAGGAGAAAUGAGCACAGAACCCUCCAAUUUGGCGUUUCCUGUCUCUAUGUCCAUGAGUGGUAGCUCGUUGCACAAUUCCUGUCCCAUAGAUGAUCAGCCAGAAGCCCCAGAUUCUGUAACUUUGGAUGGCAUUGAGUUGCAAAUAGCUCCAUAUGCAGCCAAAUUUUUACUGCUGGCCAUUAAAGACCGUAUACGACAUGGUAGACAUUUUACUUUUAAAGCUCAACAUUUAGCUCUGACCUUUGUAGCAGAAUCCGUGACUGGAGCAGGUGUUACUAAAGAAGCUCCCUACGGUGUUAUAGGAUACUGGAUACAGGUUUUAAUAACCGAUGACUUGGUUCCGCGUAUGAUAGAAGAUUUUAAAAAUGCAAAUCUAGACAGAAUAAGUCAGCUUGGUGAACGUCGAGAAUUUGAAUGGCCUGAUAAGUUUUUGAAAGUUGUUAUUGAUCAUCCCCAUGGCUAUAUGUUACCGCCUCCACCAAUGAGUUUCUAGUGGUAGUGCGGGAUGCAUUCAUGAAUCUCAAUACUGAAAAUUACAAAUAGUUAUAAGUGCCUUGACAAUGUUUAACUCACAUUUUUAGAACUGAUGUAUUUUAAAGUAUUAUUUAAUGUACACAUAUAUUACUUUUUUUUACAAAAUAGACAAACUAAUAGUAAAAACCUAA